UCUGUCAGUGAUGAAACUAACCUCACUACGUCAUCUCUUAAAAUAUCCGUAUUAGUGAAUAUUAAUAAGCUUCCGGCUUUCUUACAUAAUGUCAUAGUAUUUAACCAAAACAAAGCCAUGUUUACUUUACGUUUAAUUCACACGUGCAAUGUUAGGUUGCAUAGCACGAAAUUUUUGAACGCAGCCCCACAUUUAAGUUACGCGUUUCACCACCCUAAUACUUUAAUUAAAAGUAAUUCUAGUCAACGCAGAGAUUUUUCCCUGCAGUCAACCAUUGACUCGAUUGCCAAGACCCAAACAGGUGUCUUUAAAACAAUAUCUGAGAGCACACCUGUAGAGUACCUGCAAAAAUUGCUGUUAACUUUGCACGACACAACAGGAUUGCCAUGGUGGGCUUCAAUAGUGUGCACAACAGUUCUGUUGCGAACCUGUGUAACUUUACCCUUGGCUAUUUAUCAACAGUAUAUUUUGGCCAAACUCGAAAACCUAAAACUAGAAAUGCCAGACAUAGUUAAAGAAUUAAAACGAGAGACUGCCAUGGCUGUGAAAAUAUACAACUGGGAUGAAAGGAUGGCGAGAAUAACUUACAAUAGAUCAGUGAGGAAACAGUGGAAUAAUUUAAUAGUUAGGGACAAUUGCCAUCCUUUUAAAGCGUCCCUGUUGAUUUGGUUUCAAAUUCCGAUGUGGGUUUCGUUUUCAGUUAGCCUCAGGAAUUUGGUGUACAUGUUGCCAGAGAAGACUGUGCAGGCACAAAUGACGUUCACCGAGUUGACUCUUGGGGGAUUUGGGUGGAUCCCCAAUUUAGUGGCUGUUGACUCUUCAUUGAUUUUUCCUGUGGCUCUUGGUUUGUUAAAUUUGAGCAUCAUUGAGUUGCAAAAUUUGUCAAGAGUUAACCCUCCUACUAGACUGCAAAAAGUUUUUGUUAACUUGUUCAGAGGUUUCAGCAUUAUAUUAAUCCCAAUUUCAGCCUCAGUACCUUCAUGCCUUGUAUUAUAUUGGACCACUUCAAGUGCAUACGGGCUGCUCCAAAAUCUUGCGUUGAUGUCUCCUAAGGUGAAAAGGUUUUGUCGAGUGCCUCCCACUGUUAAAGAAUUGGAUCAACCCUAUCAGCAAGUCUACAGUCGGCUACAAGAAAAGUUAAAGAUGUUACCCAGUAGUUCUAAAGUAACAUAAAUAUACGUAAAAGAAUUUUA